AUGGUUAAUUAUGGAGGUGCCUUCAAUGCUUAUGAGUACAUCGGCGGCUCUUCUAAGAGUGGGGAUGGUUUGGAAGCAAUCCAAAGAUAUGCUUAUUUAGACUUAUCAGCCGGAGAUUCACCAGCGCAAGAAAUUGUUGAACCGUCGGUCACUUGGGGUAAUCAUCAAUCAACGGGUUGGCCUUCAUGGGAUGAGCCAGAUCCGAACGUUUACUAUCACCAAACAACUGAGCAUUCUUGGGGUCCAGCUGAUAAUCAAUAUACAGACGAGCCUCAGUUUGUGGAGAAUGCUGAUAAUGCAGAUGAAGAAUAUGUUCCAUCGUCUGAAUCCAAGACUGAUACAAGUGCCUCUGAAGACUUGUCGGAGCUAGAGAACUUGAGAAGGGCGGGGAUUGAAAAUGCAGCGGCACUUGUGGAUAUUGAAGAUUAUCAGCUACUACCUCGGGAGUUGUCAAAGAAUUCUUAUUUUAAUAGCAAAGAUGAUCUGAUCGUUGCAAUCGGUCUGCGGAACAUGAAGCAGGGCAAAGAAUAUUCUGUCACCAAAUCAGACAGCAGACGAAUUUACUUCAAAUGCAAGCAUUCAAAUAAGUGCCCCUUCAAGCUCAGUGCAUCGUCUCAAGAUGGAUCCAUUUGGGAUGUGUAUAAGUUUACCAAUGAGCACUCAUGCGACGGCGAUCUAGGGCGCGUAAAGCGAAUAAAGGCCCCCGCAAAAGUCGUUGCAUCAUAUUUAGCACAGAAAAUACAUGACGAUUGUGAGAUCUUGAAGCCAAAGGCCAUCCAGCUGGAGCUGCAACGUGAGUUUGGUGUACACAUCAAGUACGAUGUUGCAUUGCGAGCCUGUAAUCGAGCGACUGAGAUGGUUUAUGGUCGACAUGAUCAAUCCUUCGAGAUGCUGCCUAAGUAUUUAUACAUGUUGAAACAAUCCAAUCCCGGUUCGUUGGUGGAGUGGGAAGUUGACACUGAUGGCCGAUUCAAACACUUAUUUGUUGCUCUUGCAGCUUCGGCUAGUUGUUUCAUGUUCAAAUUACGGCCAGUGAUUGUAGUCGACGACACACACUUGAAGGGCAAGAAUAGGGGUAUUCUGUUUGUUGCAGUGAUCAAGGACAACAACGAGAGUUUAUUCCCACUCGCGUAUGGUGUUGGCCCGAAAGAGAACGAUGAAUCGUGGAUGUAUUUCAUGUCGCGCAUUCGACGUGUUUAUGGGCAAGCCAAUCCACUUUUGAUUGUCUCUGAUCAACAUAUCUCCAUUGCCAAUGCUAUCAGGAAUGAGUUACCAAAUGCCACAUAUGGCCUAUGCUACUACCAUUUGCAAAAUAACCUGAAGCAUUACGGUAAGGCAGUGGUAGAGUUGUAUCGACAAGCUGCAUUUGCGUACGAGAAAUCUGACUUCACUAGGGCUAUGAACGCCCUAAAGGUUAUGAAGAGAGCCGCGUACGAUAAACUAAUAGGGAUUGGGCCGGAAAAGUGGGCUCGUUCGAUGUGUCCUAUGCCUGCGCGAUGGUACAGUUUUAUGACAUCAAAUGCUGCUGAAGCUUUUAAUGAGAGAUUGUUGUGGGCAAGAAGACUUCCUAUCUGCUCAAUGUUAGAGGAAAUCAGACUUGUUAUUGAGAAAUGGUUCAGCAAGCGGCUAAGAGCUGCACAACAAAGUGAGGAACCCUUGUCUACUGAGGCCGGUAAAAGGGUAGCUAUUGAAGUCCAAAAAAGUCGUCGAUACACUGCAAAAAGGUUGAGUGGCCGAAAGUAUAAGGUGCAAACUGGUGACAGAAGCUUUAAGGUGGAUCUGGAGAAGAAAAAAUACGAAUGUCGAUCAUUUCAUCAAGACCAACUGCCCUGUUCUCAUUCAAUCGCUGCAAUAAGUAAGGCAGGUGAUACGAUCGCGGAGUAUGUAGACGCUUACUACACAAAUGAAUUUCUAAUCGAUAGUUACUCUGGCGAAGUUAAUAAUCUCCCACCGAGACACCAGUGGUUGAUUCCUGAGUACAUCGCUGAGAGUGUUGUAUUACCUCUGAUUGUCACUGGACAAUCGGGGCGCCCAAAACAAGGUAGACAUCGAGGUGGUGGUGAAGGCAGCAUCACACAAGCAGAUGAGUCUUCUAGUAUCAGGCGUCGUAAAUCAAAGAAGUACAAUAUAUGCCAUGAAGAAGGACACACCAAGAGAACGUGCGCUGGCAGGGCGACUGAGACCAGGGAGUAG